UGCUUAUCUGCCGUACAAAGUCUUCCGCUUGCAAUAAAUACAGACAUGAAUAUCGAGGAGGAGGCUACCAGUGACAGUGUUUUGCUUGUUUGGGCCCGCUGAGAUAUCCUAGACGUCACGUCAUGUCUUAUGGAGCAUGGGUUAUCGGGACACCGUUCUUAUCGCCAUCUGAAAACAUCUCAAACAAUACAAACCAGACAAACAUAGCAAAUGAGCAGGAACAUCCUCAGAAUGUCGUCUGAAGUCAUCGGUCCUCAUCCUACAACACAACCCGCCACCAAACCGAAAUGGAAGGAUUCGACGAGGAAGCUUUCAAGAAGUUCUUCCCGACCAGUUUUGGGCGGCAGGAGAAGAAAACCGACGUAAACACCCAGAUCGACCGCACCAAGCGUACUGAAGUGGCCGCGAAAGUCGACGGCGACGACGAGAAGACGCGAUCAGACACCGAUGCUAAAACUGAAGAGCCGGCCGUUCCCGCGCCCACUGCGAGGGACGCGCAAUCAGAUAAUGAUAAUGGAAGCAGUGACUCCGACUCCGACGACGAUUCGGACGAUGACGAGGAUGAGUUUCCCGUCUCCCACGAGAUGGUGCUCAAGACCCAUGACCGCGCAGUGACUACUUUGACUGUCGACCCGGCAGGUUCACGGUUGAUUACUGGUUCGACGGACUGUACGAUCAAAUUGCAUGAUUUUGCCUCCAUGACGCCGUCGACUAUACGCGCCUUCAAAUCCGUCGACCCGUCCGCGAAGAAGCAGUCCGCCGCCCAAGAAAACCACGCCGUUCACUACGCAGCGUUCAACCCGCUAGCUCCUACUUAUGUCAUGGUCGUCUCUGCCACAGCGCAGCCGAGGAUACUCAAUCGCGAUGGUGAUACGGUUACUGAGUUUGUCAAGGGUGACAUGUACUUGAGGGAUUUACACAACACCAAAGGGCAUAUUUCGGAGGUCACCAGCGGAGCAUGGAGUCCGACCGACGAGAACCUUUGUGUGACGGCUGGCACCGACAGCACAGUACGCAUUUGGGACGCAAAUGUGGGGAGGACGCAGAAGGAAGUGAUUGUGCACAAGUCCAAGAUGGCUGGAUCCGCUGGUCGGAGCAAAAUGACCGCCGUCGCAUGGGGCUCGCCUAAACAGGGCGGUCCGAAUGUUUUGAUCGGCGCUGCCCUUGACGGAAGCUUGAUGAUGUGGGGUGGAGACGGACCGUUCACCCGCCCGAGUGGUGAGGUUCGCGAUGCACAUACUAAGGAUACCUGGACGAGCGGCAUCGGCAUCAGCUCCGACGGCAGGCUGGUUGUCACUAGAGGCGGAGAUGAUUUGAUCAAGCUCUGGGAUACGAGAAAGUUCAAGAAACCGAUCUCUACAGCAACCCACCCGUCGAGUUCUCGAUAUACAACUGCGAACAUCAUCUUCUCACCCUCCUCGGCGAAUGUGCUUACUGGCUCCGAAACUGGCCACCUGCAUAUUUUGAACCCUGCCACGUUGAAACCGGAACUGGUAACGCCGAUUACGCCAGGAUCCCCCGUCAUCAGUGUCCUAUGGCACGAGAAGAUGAACCAGAUCCUCACCGGUUCUGCUAAUGCCGAGACGCAUGUUCUCUACAACCCGAACAUGUCGACGAAGGGUGCCGCAUUGGUCAUGUCUAAAGCACCGAAGCGCCGCCAUAUUGACGAUGACCCUAGUCUCACCAUGGACCUUAGCCAAGGAAUCUCAGGCGAUUCUGUUGUGGUGGGUUCGAACGGUGUCCCUCACUACAGCUCGUCUACCUGGUCUGCCCGUCAUCCGACUGUUGGGUUGACAGCAUCGGGACGUCCCAAGGAUCCCCGAAGACCCUAUAUGCCAGCUGCGACUCCGUUCGCGAAGUCGCAACCAGAUGAAAAACAUAUCCGGGAGAACAUUCCUCUCAGUUCCAUGCGGGACGAGGAUCCUCGGGAGGCCCUGCUGAAGUACGCCGACAAGGCCGAAAAGGACCCAAUUUUCACCAAGGCUUGGAAGGAAACACAGCCCACACCCAUCUAUCGGGAGAUCAGCGACGAUGAAGAGCAGAAGCCGGAGAAAAAGCGGGCAAAGAGGUAGUCAGCGGGCAAAAUCUGAGUAGAGUGUUUGCAUAUAGUAAGUAUAUUGGACAGAUGGUGAAAUCCAGCAGUCAUUUCGACUUAGACUUGCAUGAAUCGGAGUCACGGAGAUUUCUCGCGUAGUUGGACUAGUUCAUGCUUGAUGACGUUUGGACCGACAGGGAGAGAGGGUGGAGGAGAGGGUGGAGAAAGAGGCGCCUCAUUCUUCGGAUCGCGGUGUGAUAUCACGGCUAAUAACUGCUUGAAUUAGAAGUAUAAUGAUGUCUGCUGUUCUUGGAGGAUACAACAGCCUUUUCUGUACUCCGUAGCUUGAUUCAUCUGCAGGUGUGACUGCUC